UGAUCUGCGUAUCCGAGCUCAUUCAUUAGUCGAUCGGAUUUCUUGGCUGACGCAACACAUGGUCCACAGUCGCGCUCGCAUCACCCACAAGUUCGGAAGUAAUAGCUCUCCGGAAAGCAGGAUAAAUGUCCUAUAGUUGACCAAGUUACAGUGAAGCGAAAAUCGAAGCAAAGUAUCCGAGAGAUACAAAGUGAAGAUACAAAAGUGAAAAAUAUAGAAGAACUUGAGGUGAAGUUACUGGGAUUACGGUUAGAAAAUGUUACCAUCCUGCUACGCCAAUGGAUCGAUGCUGCCGGACAGCGAGGAGCUGGUUAACUCGCUGCUCGCCAAUCCGGACUAUCUCAGGAUCCAGGUGUCCCCCAAUCCACUGGGACCAAGUGCCGUCGGAGGUGCGGGAAUGGAGGGUCUGAUGUGCGGUUCGUUUUCGCCGGCCUUCUACUACCAGGGCAUCGAUAACUUCCUGGCCCUGCAUAACAACAUCUGGGGAUUGCCCAUUUCCUUUCUGCACAACUCCCAUCGACCGGAAAAGCCGCCUUUCUCCUACAUUGCCCUCAUUGCCAUGGCCAUAAGCAGUGCUCCCAACCAGCGAUUGACGCUCAGUGGAAUCUACAAGUUCAUCAUGGAUAAAUUUCCAUACUAUAGGGAAAACAAGCAGGGCUGGCAGAACUCAAUCCGCCACAAUCUGUCCCUGAACGACUGCUUCGUGAAGAUUCCACGGGACAAGAACACAAUUGAGGAUAAUGACAGUGCUGGGAAGGGAAGCUACUGGAUGUUGGACUCCUCCGCAUCGGACAUGUUCGAGCAGGGAAACUACCGCCGGAGGAGAACGCGCAGACAAAGGCAUUGUGGCCACUCAACUCGCUACGAAAGGGAAUCCGGAAGGGAUUCCAACGAUGGCAACAGUAGUGCAGCAGAGAUUCGUUCGUCCAGCGAGCCACUGAGUGACUUCGAUAUCUUCUGCAACGAGAGGCCCAAUUACUCCGACAGGAUUACGGAUCUACACAGGCAGUACUUGUCCGUGUCCCUGGGCUUCAACAGUCUGUUCAACAGCGAGAGCAGGGCCAUCCGACCACUGCCCGGGAUCAGGGAGUGCCCAGACGACGUGGACGCCUCCUCCAGCUCCAGCAAAGCACUGCAAAGCCCCACGGAACUGCAUGAGGAGCUACAUUCCCCGAGCGCCUUCACUCCUCCACUAAGUCGGCGGGAAACCAGCUCAUCGGGUGCGCCUCUCCUUGGUGAAGCUCUCCACGGACUCAAGGAUGUGGAGGAUGGCUCUCGGAGUAGUCCAGUGGCCAGCAGCCGAUCAAAGACCACCCUGUUUACCAUCGACAAUAUCAUUGGCAAGCCAUAAGGAAUUCAGCUCUUGGUUCUUUCUGGCGCAAUUAUAUGAAUUUAGUGAUAAAUGUGCUUGCUUGAAAUACAUAACAGUGAUUGAGUUUUAAAAUACAGAUGGGUUUGC